AUGUCGGACCUAAGCUCGGAGGGGACUGAGGAGACUGAGGCCGAUAUAGGGGAGUAUGAUGGUGAACGCAAUGCAGAAGGUGAGCGACACGGGCGUGGCAAAGCGCGCCUACCAAAUGGUGAUACGUAUGAUGGAGAGUAUGAAAACGGCUUCAGAAGUGGUCAGGGGAUCUACAGAUUUAAAAAUGGUGCCUACUACACUGGAGAAUAUCUUCAAAACAAAAAGCAUGGCAGAGGGAUUUUCUUUUAUCCAGAUGGAUCAAAAUAUGAAGGAGACUGGGUGGAUGACCAGAGACAUGGCUAUGGAGUGUAUACGUAUCCAAAUGGAGACACCUAUACUGGAGAAUGGUUUAACCACAAUAGGCAUGGCCAAGGUACCUAUGUCUAUAAAGACACAGGAUCUAAGUAUGUUGGUGGCUGGGCAAAUGGAAUCCAGGAAGGACAAGCAGAACUUAUCCAUCUAAACCACAGAUUUAAGGGCAGAUUCUUGAAAGGAAAUCCUGUUGGUCGUGGCAAAUAUGUCUUUGAUAUUGGUUGUGAGCAGCAUGGUGAAUACACACAAUCAAAACAGGAUAAAGGAGAGGAAGAAGAAGAAGAAGUUGAUGAACCCUCAUUACUUGUUGAACCAAAAUGGAAAGCAUCAGAAAUUACCAAAUUAACACUCUGGACCCCCCAUGGGGAAAACCCACCUUCUCCCAGAAAAGCCUCCCUGGUAACAGCAGAAGCAGCUGCAUCAGAAGCAGUGGAAGAAAGAGCAGAAGCAGCAGUAAUUGAAGAGGAGGAAGCCCCACCAAUUGCAGCCACUGAUGAGUCUGCUGAGGGUAAGGAUGAUGACUCUUCUCUUCAUGAAUCUCUUAACCCAGGAAGGGAUACAGGAGAGGCAGAGGAGGAAAGCAAACAGGAAGAAAAUGAAGAUCAGGAGCAUCAAGGAACUACGAGUGUAGAAGAGAAGGAGGAUGAAUGAAAGGAAGCAGAGUAAUUUGAUAUAACUAAAAAGAAAGAGCCAGAAAGGAGAUU